AUGUUUAAUGAACUUGAAUACAAACUAAAAAGACUUAUAAGCGGCGACGAAGACUUUAGAAGUCGUCGUCUUUUGGCGGGUUAUUCAUUUGCGGACUGUGUGUUCUACUAUCAAGGCCGGAAACGUGAAACUCUGGCUAGUUUCUUGUAUGGUAACUAUGAUGGUUUAAAUAAAUUUCCAACAUUUGAGCUCAACCUGGGAGCAGACACCUGGAGCAAUAUUACAUUCACAGGAAAUACGGAAACUGUGAGGAGAGAAAUCAUACAUGUUCUAUCUUCAGAUUAUAUACAUGUUUGUCUUAUAAAGACAGGUACUACCAUCCCCUUCAUCUCAGCAUUGGAAUUCAGACCUCUCAACAAUACCGCCUAUAGAUCUGGUUCUGGAUCACUGCAAACCCUUCAGCGCUGCGAUUGCGCUGAAAUGCCCAGUACAUUUACCAGGUACACAGAUGACAUUUAUGAUCGAAUAUGGAGGCCCUUUAAGUGGACCAGUACAGGAACAAGCACGCAGUCAGAAAUAAGUAAUUUAAAUGAAUACCGAGUCCCUGUAAAUGUGUUGAGCACUGCCAGUGGACCGGAUGAUGUUAGUGAACCCUUUGGGUUCUAUUGGGACGCGACUAGUGCCAGUGAUCAAUUUUAUAUUUACCUGCACUUUGCUGAAUUAGUUGAAACACCACAAUCCAAUCAAAUCAGAGAAUUCAACAUCUACUUAAACGAAGAACUGUGGUAUAAACGUGGACGGUUUGUUCCAGAUUAUUUGAAAGUAUUUACCAUCUAUUCUGAUUCUAAAGAGACGACAGGCAAAGACAGGUACACAAUCUCACUCAAGAAAACAGAACGUUCAACCCUUCCACCCAUUAUCAAUGCCUACGAGAUUUAUAGUGUUAAGAACUUCUCAGACUCAGGAACAAAUGAGACAGAUGUCUCAGCGAUUCUUAACAUCAAGUCCACAUAUAAAGUGAUAAAAGACUGGCAAGGAGAUCCAUGUGAACCACAAGACUCUCAAUGGGACGGUCUUAAUUGCAGCUACCCUAGUUCUAAUCACUCCGCCAGGAUAAUAUCAUUGAACUUGUCAAGCAGUCAAAUGACAGGAGAGAUAAUUUCCUCGAUAGCCAAUCUUACACAACUAAAUACUUUGGAUUUGUCAAACAAUAGCCUAAGCGGGCAAGUGCCAGAAUUCUUAUCUCUCCUCCCUUUAGGAGUGCUGAACUUGAAAGGAAAUAAGUUUACUAGUCCACUUCCAGCUCAACUCUUAAAAAACCAAAAGAAUGGGAGUCUCUCAUUGAGUUAUGACAGUGUUGGAGAAGAAAAGAAGACGAAUAAGUAUAUUCCUGCAGUAGUCGGAACUGUACUUGGUUUGGUACUCUUGGCUGCAAUACUGUUUGGCAUAUGGAUGAUCAAAGGGAGAAAAAUGCAAGUGUUUAAGAAAACUGGUAAGCAACCACAAGUAAGUACAGGUAGUGACAUAGAGAGAAAGGACAGACAGUAUACGUACUCCGAGGUUUUGGAAAUGACUAAAAAUUUGCAAGAAAAGCUCGGUGAAGGUAGUUUCAGCAUAGUGUACCGUGGCUCUGUAGGUGACACUCAAGUGGCUGUAAAGAUACUAAAUUCUCAAAAGACAACAAAAAGAGAUUUUAAAAAUGAGGUCCGUCUGUUAAUGAGGGUUCACCAUAAGAACUUAACCUCUAUAGUCGGUUACUGUGACGAGGACCCAUACAUGGUUAUCAUUUAUGAGUACAUGGCUGGACGGAGCUUAAAGGAGUAUCUCUCAGGGAAAAGCAGAGGCAUUUCCAAUUGGGUUGAAAGACUUCAGCUAGCACUGGAUAUAGCACAAGGCCUGGAGUAUUUGCACGAUGGAUGCAAACCUGCAAUCAUCCACAGAGAUGUGAAAACAAGUAAUAUUUUAUUGAACGAACAAUUCCAAGCAAAGUUGGCUGAUUUUGGCUUGUCCAGAGCUUACUCAGAUGAAGGCGGCACUCACGUAUCAACAAAUCAUGUUGCUGGCACUCAUGGUUACAUUGACCCCGAUUAUGAAUAUACAAAGAAGCUCACGGAAAAAAGUGAUGUGUUCAGCUUUGGGGUUGUUCUGCUUGAGAUGAUAACAAGACAACCACCAUUAAUACAAUCAAGAACGGAGGAAACAAUUUACAUUUAUCGGUGGGUUAGCAUGAAAGUUCAAAAUGGUGAUGUUAGAGAGGUUGUCGAUCCGAGGUUUGGAAGAAAUUAUAAUGUGCGCUCUGUGCAGAAAGCAAUUGAAUUAGCACUAUCAUGCACAUCUCGGGAGUCAUCUGUAAGGCCAACUAUGAAUAUGGUGGUAACAAAUCUAAAAGUGGCUGCAGAACUUUGUACCCACGAUGUUGAUGCUCAUCCACAAGAUUCAAAUGAAAUCUCUACUGAUCGAGAAAGGUCGAUGGUCCCAAGAGUUCCGCCACUGCCCAAGACCAAUGUACUAAUGCAGGAUCCUCUGUAUUUUCGAGGUGCAACUGCUUGAUUGUUAUUACUGUUAAAUGGUUCUAAUCAAAUUAAUUAUUUUAUUUUGGCUGAAAAUUUAAGACCAUAUUGUUGGUGUUUAUGCCAAUCUUCAGCAAUUUCAUUGUAUAUACAUGAGUGAAUUUUUUCUUUUCCAAAUUUAAUCGAGAACUUU